UCCGCGUUUCAUUUAUGGGUGAGAGCGAGAUCAAAAUCCAAAGCUGAGAGCGGGAACCUAAACGCCAGAAAUGAAAAGAAAAAAAAAAACAAAAAAAUAUAGAUAAACCGGUUGAAGAACAAAGAGAGACAUUGGAAAAUUUUCCAAUUUUCCAAUAUAUCGGAAAUGGCGCUUCUGAACUUAGAGUGAAGGCGUGACCUACGAAAUAAAAAAAACCCUUCCCUUGGGCGUUAGCCAGCUCUUCGCAUCCUCUUUCUUCGUAUUUUCCAUAUUUCCAAACCCUAGGAUUUUUUUUAAGGUUGUGCAAGCUCUUCACAUUGUUCAUCUGUAUCUAGUAAUGGUUUCCACCAGAGCCGAGAAGAGUGUAAAAUCAAAUUCUCCUGUCAUGAAUGGCGUUAAAGAAACUAAAUCAAAUUCCCCUGUUAGGAAUGGCGUUAAAGAAGAUAAGGAUUUAAAGAAAUUGAAAGGAUCGAAGGCUUCUCCAACAGCGCCGCGGAGAUCGAGCGCUCGAAUUCAAGCUCUGCAGAAAGCCGAGAAGUCACUAGCCGUACCAAAUGCAGUGGUAGUUAAAGAGGAGGACAAAGACAAUGUUAAAGAAGGGAAGGGUAAGAAGCGCAGUAGAAAGAGUGGCCCUGAGGAGAGUUUGGUGGUGGAAGAACAGUCUGUUUUACUGUUGAAGAAAAAACCAUUCACUUGUGACAAGGAUGAGAUGAAAGUAGAGAAUGCGGUUGGACAGCUUGGAGAUAAGAGUGAUACAGUUAAAGUUAAAGAUACCAUACGUUUAUUCAAUAAACAUUAUCUGCAAUUUGUUCAGGAAGAAGAAAAAAGGUGUAUAAGGGCUGAGACUCAGCCUAAGGAUGCUAACUCUCCUAAGAAGUCUUCUCAGAAGGCUUCAAAAUCAAAGAAAGGUGCUCCACAUGUAGAUUCAAAGAAACCUGCUAAACGACCAGAUCUUAAGGCCGUAUCCAAGAUGAUGGAAAAUAAUGAAAUACUGUACUCUGAGAAAAAAAUUGGCAGCAUUCCAGGUAUUGAAGUUGGGUAUCAGUUCUAUUCUCGUGCUGAAAUGGUUGCAGUUGGUUUUCAUAGUCACUGGUUAAAUGGCAUUGAUUAUAUGGGCCAGUCUUAUGCCAAAGCGUAUAGCUUUGAAUUUCCAAUUGCUAUUGCAAUUGUUUUGUCGGGCAUGUAUGAGGAUGACCAGGACAAUGCUGAAGAUGUUGUGUACACUGGUCAAGGUGGUCAUAAUCUUACUGGUGAUAAGCGUCAAAUUCAGGAUCAAAAGUUGGAGCGUGGGAACCUAGCUCUCAAGAAUUGUGUGGAGCAAUGUGUGCCUGUUAGAGUGAUUCGAGGUCAUGAUUCUUCAAGCAGUUACUCUGGGAAAGUAUACACUUAUGAUGGCUUGUACAAGGUUGUCAAUUAUUGGUGUGAGACAGGGAUAUCUGGAUUUAAAGUCUUUAAGUUUCGACUUAGGAGGCUUGAAGGGCAACCUACAUUAACCACAAAUCAGGUUUAUUUUACUCAUGGACGUGUUCCUCAAUCUAUAGCAGAAAUAAGAGGAUUGGUUUGUGAGGAUAUCACCGGAGGUCAAGAAGAUAUACCCAUUCCAGCUACAAAUGUGGUAGACGAUCCCCCUGUUCCACCCUCAGGUUUCACAUAUUGCAAGUCUCUUAAGGUAGCAAAAAAUGUGAAGCUUCCAACUAAUGCCGCUGGAUGCAAAUGCAAAGGCUCCUGUAAUGACCCAACAACAUGUGCAUGUGCUCUGCGUAAUGGCUCUGAUUUUCCCUAUGUAUCUCGGAAUGGUGGCAGGUUAGUAGAAGCUAAAGAUGUAGUAUUUGAAUGUGGCCCCAAAUGUGGUUGUGGUCCUGGUUGUGUCAACCGAACUUCUCAAAAAGGACUUAGAUAUCGUCUGGAGGUUUUCCGGACUGCCAAAAAGGGAUGGGCUGUCAGAUCCUGGGAUUUUAUACCUUCUGGAGCACCAGUUUGUGAGUACACAGGAAUACUUGCUAGAACGGAAGACAUGGAUAGCAUGUUGGAAAACAAUUAUAUUUUUGAGAUAGAUGGCUUGCAAACGAUCAAGGGCCUUGGUGGUAGAGAGAGGCGGUCACAAGAUGGAGAAAUUCCUGAAGAUAUAUUGAACAAAUAUGAUGAUCUAAGUUCCGAAAGUGUGCCAGAGUUUUGCAUUGAUGCUGGAUCUACUGGAAAUAUUGCUAGAUUUAUAAACCAUUGUUGUGAGCCUAAUCUGUUCGUGCAGUGUGUUUUGAGCACACACGAUGAUUUGAGGUUGGCUCGUGUAAUGCUGUUUGCUGCGGACAACAUACCUCCUUUGCAGGAAUUAACGUAUGACUAUGGUUACGCUCUAGAUAGCGUGUUGGGCUCCGAUGGGAAGAUCAAGCAAAUGACAUGCUAUUGUGGGGCCGCCGACUGCAGGAAGCGAUUAUUCUAAACGCUGUUCAUUCCUUCACAGGAAAAGUUGUAUGUGAUCUUUCUUUUUGAAAAACUAAAGGGGGUUUUUCAUAGACAUUUUUUAAACAUGAGUAGCAAGUGUAUACAUUGACCUCACCUGAAAUGAUAGCAAAGGGACCUUGUAAUUUUGUGCAAAUGUAAGGCAUAUAUGUUUUUCUCGAAAUAACCUGCUUUAUAUUUUUCAUGAAUAA